CGAUCUUGGCGAACCUCCAGAAUGACUCGGUCAGUUGUGUCCACAGCGUAGAUUUCUUUCAGCACGCUCAUCACCUCUUUAUCAUGCCAAUCCUUGGGCUGGCCCCUUCUACCGCUCCAAUCAAACCUGCGCAUUUUGAUAUUGAAAAAGUCAUUCGGCCAAAUAUCCUCGCUCUCCAUCCUUACCGAUGUGCACGCGAUGACUACCAAGAGGGAAUCCUCCUCGAUGCAAAUGAAAACGCUCUUGGACACUCUAUUCCCAGAUCGUCCAACCAGAUCCAACAGGAGCUUUCAUCGACACUAGAUGCAGACUUAAAUCGAUACCCUGAUCCUUCUCAUGACGGGAUAAAAUCUCGCAUCGCAUCUCUCAGAUCGCUGCCCGGGAAGGAUCAUGUCUUUCUGGGCGUCGGAUCUGACGAGGUCAUUGAUCUCUUGAUGCGAAUUUGCGUUGCACCCGUAACCGAGAAGAUUCUGAUAACCCCGCCAACUUAUGGAAUGUAUUCUGUCUGCGCCCAAGUGAAUGAUAUUGGGCUAGUUCGUUGUAACCUCAAUUUGAGCGGCAGCGAGGGAGAGGGUGGAGAACACGGUCGAUUUAGCUUGCUGGUUGAUAAUAUAAAAGCAGCUGUCUUGGCCGACCCUUCUAUUAAACUCAUUUUCCUCUGCUCACCAGGGAACCCAACUGGUACUCUGAUCAGCCUGGCAGCUGUGAAAGCAAUAUUAGACUACGAGCCAUACAAAGGUAUCGUUGUUGUCGACGAAGCGUAUAUCGACUUUGCUGGCGAGGGUACCAGCGCUGUAUCCCUAAUCAAAGAUUAUGCCAAUCUGUGUGUAAUGCAAACUUUGAGCAAAAGCUUUGGCCUCGCUGCGAUUAGGCUCGGUAUCGCCCUUGCACAGCCGCCAUUGAUUCAAGUGCUUGCAAACACAAAAGCCCCGUACAAUAUCUCCACUCCGUCUGCUCAGUUAGCGCUCGCUGCGCUGGGUGAGGAGGCAGUUCAAAGCAUGCAUUUGAAAUGCCGGGCGCUCGUAGAGUCGCGGAAACAGCUACAGAAGUCUCUCGAGAGUCUUUCUGCCCUUGGUGUAGGAGACGUCAUUGGCGGAAAUGAUGCAAACUUCUUGGUGGUCCCGAUCCUCAAUAAAGAAACCAGAGUUCCUGACAACGCUCGGGCAAACGUUGUUUAUACGGAGCUCGCCGAGAACAGAGGAGUUGUAGUGAGGUUCAGAGGGAAAGAGGCUGGAUGUAAUGGAUGUUUGAGAAUCACUGUUGGGACCGCCGAGGAGAAUGGGACGCUCCUUCGACAAUUGGAGAGUGCUUUGCAAGAUUAUUAGCUGCGUGAGGCUGUAGACUUUAGAUAUCGACCUCUUCUCGAGGGGUUCACUUGCCAAAUGCAGAUUGAUUCUUACGUGUC